AAGAGGAAGAAGAGGAUGAUGAUGAUGAAGAAGAAGAGGAUGAUGAAGAAGAGGAGGAUGAUGAUGAUAAAAGAAGAAGAGGAUGAUGAUGAUGAAGAAGAAGAGGAUGAUGAAGAAGAAGAGGAUGAUGAUGAAGAAGAAGAGGAAGAAGAUGAUGAAGAAGAAGAAGAUGAUGAAGAAGAGGAUGAUGAUGAAGAAGAAGAAGAGGAUGAUUAUGAUGAUGAAGAAGAAGAUGAUGAUGAAGAAGAAGAAGAGGAUGAGGAUGAAGAAGAAGAAAUA